AGGAGGGGAGCCUGGAUGGACCGGCUGUGACGUUGUUUGAACCAUCGGCCAUGGUGCAAAUAGGACUCCACCUCCUGCCACUGGUCCUUUGGCUUGGCACAGAGGAAAAGCUCCAAGUUCAAGGUCACAGAACAAAACCAGCUCAAACACCUUUGAUCCCUCAUCUGCCUUUUGUUAUAAUCUGGAACGCCCCUACCGAGUCAUGUCGCCUUCGAUUUAAGGUGGAUCUAGACCUCAGCAUUUUUGACAUUGUAGCAAACCUUAAUGAGACAUUAAGUGGACCGAAUGUCACAAUAUUCUACCAUGGUCAUCUGGGAUACUACCCAUACUACUCCAGCUCAGGUGUUGCUAUCAAUGGUGGCCUGCCACAGAACCAGAGCAUUUCCAAACAUCUGAACAAGGCCCGAGUAGACAUUGACAAGCUAAUACCACACAAGGAUUUUCGAGGCCUCGGUGUCAUUGACUGGGAGAACUGGAGGCCUCAGUGGGUACGAAAUUGGGGUUCCAAAGACAUCUACCGUAAAAAGUCCAAGGAACAGAUCCACAAGCUCCACCCACACUGGCCAGAAAGCAAAGUGGAAAAAGAAGCAAAGGAUCGUUUUGAAAAGUCAGGGCAAGCUUUCAUGAAUCUCACUUUGGCGCUGGCUGAAGCUCGGAGACCAGACGGUCUGUGGGGGUUCUAUCUUUUUCCAGACUGUUACAACUAUGGCUACAAACAACACCCACAAUGCUAUACUGGUGAAUGUCCCAAUGUUGAACAUGUACGCAAUGACCAUUUAAUGUGGCUCUGGAAAAAAAGCACAGCCCUCUACCCAUCCAUCUACCUGGACUUUGAGCUGAAAUCUUCCUCAAACACCAUCAAGUUUGUUCACUAUCGAGUGAAAGAAGCCAUGAGGAUUGCAACCAUUGCACAUACAGACUACACAUUGCCAGUCUUUGUCUACUCCAGACCUUUUUAUGCCUACACCUUUGUUGUGCUUUCUGAGAGUGACUUAGUUCAUACUAUCGGGGAGAGUGCUGCUUUGGGAGCAUCAGGUGUUGUCCUCUGGGGAUCAUCAGAGUAUGCUCGGUCAAAGAGGAACUGCCUUACUGUAAAGAAGUACAUUGAUGGACCGUUAGGACAUUAUGUCAUAAAUGUCACCGCAGCAGCUAAAUUAUGCAGCAAAGCACUUUGCAAGAAGAAUGGAAGAUGUGUCCGAAAGAGCCUGGACUCACGUUACUAUCUCCACCUCAACCCACGCUACUUUCACAUCCACCAUAACCCAGCCCCUGGCGGCCCUCGCUUUGAGGUAAGGGGUCACCUCAACAGCCAUGACAUUCUGGACAUGAGGCACAAGUUCACCUGCCAGUGCUACCAGGGCUGGACUGGUGUUUACUGUGAGAUCCCACAGACUCAGCCACCACCUCUAUCCCCUCCUGUCCUAAUUACACACCCUUGGGGCAAAAGCCUGGUGGCACAUAUUAUGCUCCUCCUUUCUGUCCACUUCCCCUGUCUGUGUAUUAUCAUGUUCUUGGGACUCUGUCUGGUCAUAAAAGGUCUUAUUCUGCAGACAUCAAAGAUAUCAUAACUCCAUGGUAUUUUCAGUGUUCAGUUAAACUAGUUAAGCUUGAGAGCAGCCCUCAGCAACCCUAAAUACAUUAACAGUCCAAUGACAAUAAUUCCAGAUUUGAUUUUUGAAUUGUAUGUCUGUUCCUAUCAUUGUACUGCUGUUGAUUACAAGGUUUCAAUGCAUUGAUUGGUUUUUGAAUAUGGACAAUUCUAAGGGCCCUGGAUGGACAGCCCCCCCCCCACAAAAUAGUGUUUUGUUUUUU